AUGUUCAAAGAAAACCUGACAACCCCAAACACCACAUCUAUCUGUACACCGUUUGGGGAAAUAUUCCUCAAAAGUGGACCUCGCUCAAAUGACGGUACAAGGCGCCUAGUGGAUGGACAUCAUGAAUUGGCAGUUUUCCUACUCGCACUUAAUGUCUGCCUGCCAUGUCUGUCGAUGCUGGGAAACGCCCUGAUUGUCUUGACCGUGUGGGCAUACGAGGAGCUGCAAGUCCCCGCCAACCUGCUGCUUGUCAGUCUUGCCGUCGCCGAUUUCCUCACAGGAGUUUUCAUUCAGCCAAUUAUGGCAGACACUUUCUACCGAGGUAUUACAGACACGUUCAGAGUGUGCAGCCCGAAUUGGCAGAUGUUUGCAGAGCUGUUUGGUUAUAUCACAAUCACUGCUAGUGUCUCUACCCUAGUGCUUAUAACCCUGGAUAGGUUUAUUGCAAUCAUCUACUCGCUCCAGUACGUCACCAUUGUGACCCAUGAACGCACUCGAUUGGUCAUCGCCCUUGCGUGGGUCUUCAGCGUUUUCUUUUCUCUCUGCGCUUAUCUUGUUUCUCCGUUCCUGCCCGGAAUCCGUCUGAUCUGGAUCUUCUACUUGUUCAGCUCAUGUAUGUUCAUGUUUGCGCUUUACAUCAAGAUCUAUCGCACCGCUAAACAGAAAUCCAGCGAGGUUACAACCGAAACGAAGUACUACCAUCCGGACCAGCAAACGAAGAAAGAGCGCAAAGGUUUAGCCACAGUGUCCAUCAUCACUACCAGCUUGUUUCUCAGCUUUGUUCCCUUCACCCUGAUCAACGCGCUGGCUGACUCAAUGAGUGGUCCCGUUGUAGAUGUGCUUCUACCGGUGUUUGCCACACUGCUACUGAUGAGCCCGAGCCUCAACCCGUUUGUCUACUUCAUGCGGUCACAGAGGUUGAGGAAAUACACGUUGAGGCUUAUAAACAAAAUAGGAGCGCGAAUAAAGUUUUGGCGAAAUGAUUGAUCCAGAUAGUGUCCAAGUUAAAAAACAUGACCGACUUCCAAUAUGAUAUAUAUUGGAAGCAUAGGACCAAAAACACUACUCCAAUAUGAUACCCAUUGUCAUGACAAAAAAAAAUUCCCUACUAUAAGGAUGUUUCUUAUACACAAGAAAGAUAGAUUCCCUCUAAUAUAAAGAUAUCAUUCUCUUUGAUAUCAUUCUCUUUGAGGACUGAUAGAUUCUCCCGACAAUAAAGAUACGCUAUCAUCC